CAAACUGUACACUUGUCAUUUUCUUGUCAAGCUGGAGCACCCUCAAGGUCCCAGCUCAUAACUUAUUUUAUUUCAAAGUAAUCACACGAAAUGGCUGAUACGGCAACUGAAAUUCCUAUAAACAUCGAGGAGGGUGUGAGAGAAGCAGUGAAAAAUGUUACAGACCGGCCACCUUCGAGUAUUGAGGGCGUCGCGAUUGCCUACUUAAGUUUAGUUAUUAUGGCUAUUUUGCCGAUAUUUUUCGGGUCAUUUCGUUCAGUGAAGUACCUUAAGGAGCAAAAGGAAUCAGGCGAGCGCGCCGAGACGAUGUCAAACAAGGACGCACUGAUGUUCCCUCUCAUCGCGUCGUGCGCUCUCUUCGCACUCUACGUGUUCUUCCAAAUCUUCUCUAAGGAGUACAUCAAUCUGCUGCUCACUGGAUACUUCUUUUUCCUUGGAGUGCUGGCUCUGAGUCAUCUGUUGAGCCCGAUAAUCUCGUUCCUGGUACCCGCCUCGGUACCCAACGUGCCGUACCACAUCCACUUCACCCGCGGCGAGCGAGACCAGCGGGCUGAUAUAAUCAACUACAAGUUCACCAGCUAUGACGUCAUCUGUGUGUGCAUCUCGCUGUGUCUGGGCGCCUGGUACCUGUUCAAGAAACACUGGAUCGCUAACAACCUCUUCGGUAUCGCCUUCGCCAUCAACGGAGUAGAGUUGCUCCACCUCAACAAUGUAGUCACCGGCUGCAUUCUUCUCUGUGGGCUGUUCCUGUACGACAUCUUCUGGGUGUUCGGCACCAAUGUCAUGGUCACUGUUGCCAAGUCCUUCGAGGCUCCCAUCAAACUGGUAUUCCCGCAAGACCUGCUAGUCAACGGCCUGAACGCGUCCAACUUCGCCAUGCUCGGCCUGGGCGACAUCGUGGUCCCGGGCAUCUUCAUAGCCCUCCUGCUGCGCUUCGACAAGAGCCUCAAGCGCGGCUCCGAGUUCUACUUCCGAGCCACCUUCUCCGCCUACAUCCUGGGGCUGCUGGCGACGAUCCUGGUGAUGCACGUGUUCAAGCACGCGCAGCCCGCGCUGCUGUACCUGGUGCCGGCGUGCCUGGGCACGCCGCUGGCGCUCGCGUUGCUGCGCGGCGAUAUACAUGCGCUCUUUAACUAUGAAGACCAGCCCGCCCUCGUGGAGGAAGACACCAAGGCGAAGAAGACUGAGUAAGAAGCACAAAUCAUGACGCAAGCGCACAGCCAGUACCAGGCCUCAUACAAGCUCUCAGUAGCAUACAACCACAGAAGGGUACCUGUGUACAUACUGUACAAUGCAAAAAGUUAGAAAUUUCAAUGCACAAAGUUUUUGCAACUAGAGGAUCGGGGUCGUUAAUGGACAAUUGUAAUUAUAACAUUAACUUAACACGAAAUUUAAGGCCAUAUUACUUGGUUGGCAACCAAGCUUCCGACGGUCCAAGGUCACUCGUUCGCAACACAAUAUGGUGGCAAUCGUCUUACACGGUCGGAAACUAUCAAGGUCGCAGUGGUCGGAGUAGAGAUGCAACGGAUAAUUGUAUGGCCAGAUACCGGAUAUUCGUCUUGACCAUCGUCCGAAUAUCCGGUAUCCGGCCGGUCAUUGCCGGUGCGCGUCGUGCAGGUUUUGACCUGUUUCAUAGUGAACGUUCGUCCGGACUCAUGUCUAGGUCCAAAACUACUUUUAUGUCACAAGUACGCGAGAAACUCUUUUCAGAGGCAGGGCUUGUAUAUUCCAGUUUGUUACCAAAAAACGAUGAAAAUGUUGUGUCUUCACACGAACGAGUAUGAUUAUGAUCGUGACUGAUUUUAGAUUAAUUUUUAUCCCCAAAUUAAACGAAAUUACUAUCCGGUAUCCGGUCGGAUAGUACGCCAUAAUCCGGUAUCCGGCCGGAGGUUUAAAUACGGGCCGGAUAAGCCGAAUAUCAGAUAGUUACCAAAUAUUUGGUGCGCCUCUAGUCGGAAACUUCGUUGACGACCGUGUAGUAGACGCUCUAAGUUACUUUAUGUAUCGAGUUUUGAAUUUUGUCAUUUGUGGUGUUGCCACGUUAAAAAAUAUGAAACAUAAUUUGCUUAGUGAAAAAGUAAUAAAUGUGACUUUAUGGUCAUGUAAAUACCUACGUACUUUUGAUUAAAAACAUUGACAGGUCACAUUAAAUGGUAGUAGCGCAUAUUUAUAACCUAACUGCAUUUUGUUUGACUGUGUUGUAAUUUAUUUUUAUUGGAAAUUCGUGUGUGAAGACUUGUUAAAAAUUAAAUUUCGACACUAUGAGGGUUUAAGUCUUCCUUAACUCUUCUAAAUUGUACCUUAAGGUUUUAGCUAACAAGGUAGAAAAUUGAAUUAGGCUUGUAUGAAGUAUAAAUGGCUACUGUGACCUACGGCCUCUCUUAAGGGUUCCACUGAUUACCAGUUCGCCGGACGAUAUCAGCCUGUCAGUUAUUCGCAAAAGCUGACAAUCGCAAAUAACUGACAGGCCGAUAUCGUCCGGCGAACUGGUAGUUAGUGGGCCCCUUUCAACAAGUUAUGUAUGAAUUCACGUGGCUCAGUCUGUAGCCAUACAUUUGUAAAAUAUCGCAUUUUGAUGUAACCAGGUUCAAAACCUGACAGAAAUGUGUGACAUUUAAUAUAACAUGAGCCCGUCCUAAACCGAUAAUUAUUACAGUUUAAAAUCGUUUAAUGCCGAAGUAAAAUUAUCCAUUAUACAAUUUAAAGUUUCUGUUACUCUCAUCAAAGAUAUAUUGAUUGAGUAAGAUGUGUAUAAUCUAAGACAAUUUCGUGCUUCGAAUUUGACAGGUAAACGAGAUGGCGCUGUACAACUCGAUACAUUUUGCGGUAACACUGAUUGUCAAAAGUUGACGUUUGACAGUUCAGUGACCGGAAAACAUGGCGCAGUACAGCGCCAUCUGUUUUGGUUGUCAAACUAAGGGUCACGUAUUUUACUUAGACUUUACAAUCAAUAGGGUUGUUUCCAUCUACAAAUCUUAGGGCAGAAUUGUAUCCCAAUAAAUUCUUUUGGAUUAUAAGAACAUGUUAAACUACUUUUAGGGGACCUGUAAUGGCCAUAUUUUUGUAAAUAUUGGAUUUAAAAUAUCUUUUGGCACACGUCACGUGACCAAACUCGAAACGUCAUUGAAGAUUCUGAUGACGUCACAACUCUCGGAUUGACACUGUUGACAGUUAGGCGAUAAACAACAAAUGACAAAUGUCAGUUGACAGUUCGUAUCUUCUACGUGUGUAUGUAGUUGUGUCAAACCGUAAACUGUGACGUCACACAAUUAUCAAAGAGCGUUUUGGGCGCGAAAGCAUCUGUCAAAAUAUAUGUUGUUAAUUUGACAUAUUUAAAGCUGUUUUUAGUAUAAAAGUUGAAUUUUAGGGCAACUUCUAGUUAAUAUAGAACGUAAUACAAGCGUUUCAAAAAAUUGGAAACAACCCUAUUCACUUUGCCAUCAUAAAGGUCACAACGGUAAUAACGGUAUUUUUUUAUUUAUAUUUUCAUCUUACACUAGUGAACAGGUUGUAUAAAUUUGAAAACUUAAAAUCCACAACAAGGUAUUUGCCCAACAGUGGGACGAGGCUGGUAAACUUCCGCAUAAUAUCUUCCAGUGGGAGCAUAUGUUUAAGGCUAAGGGAAAUAUAGCCCGUGCUAUAUGCAUAAUUUACUUAUAGGUUGUAAUAUAUGUAACUUGGUGUUUCCCUGCUGUGUACACUUGACUUAUAAUCUGUUUAUAUACGUCUUAUUUAUAAAUAUUAAAUAGUUUUAUCUCUUUCUUUCAGUUAGGUGUAAGGAAGAGACAAAACAUGGGUUAAUAAAAUGUGAGACUUAUUUGUUAACGAAAUUUGAUAUUUUUGUGUUGUUUCCAUGUGCAAAUUAGAUUUAUAAGUUUAUUUUUGUUACGAAUCUAGUUUUCAAAUGAUAUAUAUAUAUAUAUUAUUUUUGUAUUUUCGGGAGUUACCAAUAGUCACAAUCUUGUUUCUUUUGAAAUGUAUACUUCGCACUGGCAACCCUGAGCAACGUUUACGAAAAAAAAAAGAAUUAAAAAAAAUCAAUCACGCGGCGAAUCAAUGCUGACAACAUUCCGAGAAGUUUCGUUGAAACGCACGACUCUAGCUGCUAGAGUCUAGCAUAAUGUAUAGUUGACUGUAAGGAUGUACUUACACAGUAUAUAUAUAUGAUAAAUGUGAAUAUUUUUGGCCUUUUUAUGAACUCUAAGAAUUCCAAACGGAUGCAAGCGUGAGUAUCGCCGAAUGAUGAAAUGUAAUAAAAUACGUCAAUAUAA